AUGGUUCCUGUUGCAUCGCUCCUCAACCCAUCGCCGCCUUCAUUCGAACGCUUUCGGGACUACCCUACGCCCGCCUUCGACAAGUACCAAAAGCAGUCCUCGCCACUUUUGGCAGCACCGAAGAAGCAGAAAAUGUCAAAGGCAGCAGCGACAUUCGUGAAAGGCAAGCCAAAAGGCGAAGUCAAGUACCCUCCCUAUGAGAUCCAGGAUGAAGCCACUGCAGCAGAGCACAAGAAGUUCGAAGUCCAGCCAAUUGGCCGCAUCGGAGAGUACCCCAAGCGCAUUCCAUACAACAGCGAGAAGAAGACGUUCCAACAGAAGACUGGAAUGGACGGAUUUGAAGUCUACCAGUACACUUUCAGAAUGCCGGACGAUGCUCGAGACAAGGAUGCACAUACUGUGAUGUGGGAUUACAAUGUGGGCUUGGUGAGGGUCACAUCGUUCUUCAAAAGCCUGAAGCACACGAAGACAAUGCCAGCGAAAGUGAUGAACGCAAAUCCGGGGCUCCGUGAAAUAUCCCACAGCAUUACUGGUGGCUCUAUCUCCGCUCAAGGAUACUGGGUGCCAUUCGAAGCGGCUAAAGCCGUGGCUGCAAGGUUCUGCUAUGAGAUCAGAUACGUGCUGGUGCCUGUUUUUGGACCGGACUUCGUCUCGAUGUGCCAAAAGUGUGGCGAUGAAUCUUAUCUACGCUUGAACGUCCACCCCAGUAUCAUCCAGCGGUGUACCGAGGCUGCGACAACCAACCAGACGCAAUCUAGGGAGUCUUCUGUGGCUGUAAGUCCUCGUACAUCGGCUCCUUACGCCAAUUCACCCGCAUGGCCUCCAAAGCCGCUGCGGCCCAGACCGGCCAAGGCAACGGAUGCGGAGAGUGGAUACGGUACGGACUCGGAUCGCAGUGAGAAGUACCCAGGGUCCCCUGACUCGCCCAGGAGCAUCGAAUGGACUCCAGUGAACUCCCCAAGGCUGGCCUGCCUGCAGACAUACCGAUUCUUGCAACAGCAGCCAAGGAAUGUCACUUCGAGCCCUCGUGGUCUUGGCUAUCCGACUACCACACAUAGCAAGCGGAUGACCGAUACUAAGCGAGGGAUAUCUGAGAUUGACGAGGCUUCCGACGCCGAAAGUUCCUCUGGUCACUCGUCAAUAGACUCUCCUGCAUCACCAAAACGAAGGAAGGUAUCUGCAGCCAUGACACCCGAGAUUGGAGCAGCGUAUACGCUGAUUGAGUUAAACAUGGCGGACGCGACAUUGGGGGAGAGAAAGGCAUUGAAACGUCGUCGAGCUUCGGCAUAG